ACUGCUGGCCAAAAAAAAAAAAAAACAGAGAGAGAGAGAGACGACGACGACGACGACGACAGGGAUAAUGCAGAGAUCGCUUCCGGUUCCGGCGGAGGAUAACAAAGCCUGUAACUGCAGGUGUUUCAAUUCCUGUCAAAAAGCCUGAAAGCUGAAGAGGCAAUUCUAACUAGUGCUAGCAAUUGUAAAUAUUUCACCCCUCAAAAGAAUUGCAUGCUUAAUCUCACUUGUAUGACUCUCUUGUGUAUGAAUACAAGUCUACCCCUCAAUAGAAGUUGCGCAAUGGCGUCGGAGCAACAAAUACCAUCCCGAAAGUUACAAAUUUGCUCUGCUGCCAACAGUGGAGUGUCCCCCUACUGGAGAGAAAACUGUGAAAGGGAAGCCCAUAGAUAUUGGGAUGCAUUCUACAAGCGCCACCAAAAUAAAUUUUUCAGAGAUAGUCAUUACUUGGAAAAGGACUGGGGCAAGUAUUUUUCUGGAGAAGGAAGAAAAGUGAUUUUGGAGGUUGGUUGUGGAGCUGGAAAUACUAUUUUUCCUAUCAUCGCGUCAUAUCCAGAUGCUUUUGUUUUUGCAUGUGAUUUCUCACCACUAGCUAUUGACCUGGUUAAGUCGCAUAAAGACUACAAGGAGUCCUGUGCCAGUGCUUUCAUCUCUGAUUUGACAGCUGAUGACCUAAGCAAGGAUAUUUCUCCAUCAUCAGUUGAUAUUGUGACCCUGAUAUUUAUGUUGUCUGCAGUAUCCCCAGAGAAGAUGCCUCUGGUGCUGCAGAAUAUUAGAAAAGUUAUGAAGCCAAAUGGUUAUGUGCUGUUUCGGGAUUAUGCUGUUGGUGACCAUGCACAGGAGAAAUUUUCAGCCAAAGAUCAAAAGAUUAGUGAUAACUUCUAUGUCAGAGGUGACGGCACUCGUGCUUACUAUUUUUCAAGUGAGUUAUUUACAAAUUUGUUUAAAGAAAAUGGUUUUGAUGUUGAAGAAAUUGGUGUAUACUGCAAAAAAGUUGAGAACCGCUCAAGGGAGUUGGUAAUGAACCGGCAUUGGCUCCGAGCAGUAUUUUGCUUGUCAAAUGGUUCCAAUUAUUUUUCCAGUAAAGAGGCUCCACCAAAGGUCAGUUGUCUUCAUGGAGGAAUACAUGCAUUUCUGAAUCUGCAUUGCCUUUUCCAUGCAACUUCAGAAGAGUUUAUCGGUAACCCUGGAAGCUGCAAGGAUAAAGAGGAACCUGCAUUGAUUAUUGCCAUAUCCAUCCUACGCCAAGUAGAUGAACCAUCCCUAAUUUCAGCUGCUGCAAAAUUUGGUUUUAAAUUUGCGGAUAAAUGGCCUAGUAGCCUUUCAAGUAAUCUAUCUUGAAUUAUUAUGAGGAAUUAGUUCUAAUUAAAAUGAUUUGAAGCAGUAUCUUCCUUGUGCCCCUCAGUUUCAAGUUGUCGUACGAAAAAGAUGGCACUAUUCUUUUGGAAAAAGAUGGCAGUUAUAAGUUCAUAUUUUGGUAAUUGAGUGUGUUGUUAUUUAGUUGGCUAAAAAAAAAAAAGCGUAAUGUUAUUCUUGUUCAAAUCAAUGUUCCCCCACUAUUCGGGGAGGACAUGCUUAUAGUUGUA